AAAAAAUAUUCUCGUGACAUUUAUUAUGCACACAAUUUACAAAAUCCUGUCGAUAUGACAAUUAUUCAUGUUUCAGACUCAACCGAUUUGAAUCGGUGCACCAUAUUUACAGUAGAUUCUCCAUACCCUAAACUUCUCGGUUGUGCGAUUCUCACAGAAAAAGAGCGAUGGUGUUCAAAAACAGGUACAUGGUGAUGGAGGUUUUUAUGAAUCCUAAUAGAGAACAAGCAUCGGGUGAUUCUAUUAUAAUUACUCAGUUUAAUAUCUCUAAUGCUAUAAAAGAUAGCAUCAUGGUGAAUUUUGGGGAGUGUGGUUUGGCGGCAUCACUAGGAUCAUUUCAGGUUAAGUAUGUGAAUCCAAUCACUAAUGUGUGCAUUAUUAGAGCUUCAAGAGAGGAGCAUGAAAAAGUAUGGGCUUCUAUUACUAUGGUUAGAAGUAUUGGAAAUUUUCCAGUGGUGUUUAAUUUACUUGAUUUAUCUGGAAAUUUACAGGCUUCUAAAACCGCCGCAUUGAAGUGCGAAAAAGCAAAAUUUGAACAGUACAAACUUAUGGUUGGUGAUCGAUUGUCAGCUGACGAUACUCAUCGUAUGAAUAAUCAUCUUGCAAAGAUUGAACUUUUGGAGCACUGAAUACUUGGCCAUCAUCUUCCAAUUUUU